GGCGGAGUUUUGUCCUCCAGUUUGACAAACUCAAGGAGUCUUUCCUCUGUGAGGAGGAGCACAGUGUGAACGUCUACAAGAGCAAAGCAGAGGAAAAGAAAAGGUCAGCUGAGGUGGGACGUGGUCCACUCCUUUCCGAACCGCCUGCCAUCAUGGCUCGGUACCUGAAGUAUUUCACCACUGUGGGCGAUAAGCAGGCAAUCGAGUUGGAGGAUGAAGAGCUGCACGUGGCCAGCGAGGAGCUGAGUCCAGCCACUGGCCAGUUUCCGCAAACGGUGACCUUCAGGGAGUCACUGCAAAGGCUCUACAGCUCUGAGCACUUCCAGGUGGUGGUGGUGUGUUUGGUGAUCCUGGAUGCCAUCUUCGUUCUGGCGGAGCUGCUCAUAGAUCUGUCUGUUAUCAAGCUGGAACACGGCCAUAUUGCUCCUGAGGUGUUUCACUACCUGAGCUUGGCUGUUCUCACCUUCUUCAUGCUGGAGCUGGCUGGUAAACUGUUUGCUUACCGCCUGGAGUAUUUCGAUCACAAGUUUGAGGUGUUUGACGGCUUGGUGGUGGUGAUUUCCUUUGUGUUGGACAUCGUCUACAUCUUCCACGAGGACGCCUUUGAUGGGAUGGGUCUCCUCAUCCUGCUGAGGCUCUGGAGGGUGGCCAGAAUUAUCAACGGUAUUCUGGUGUCGGUGAAGACCCGUGCACACCAGCAGAUACACAAGCUGAAGGAGAGCUACGACCACCUGGUCCGGAGAGUCACAGAGAUGCAGGAGCGCAAUGAUAAACUGGAACAAGAGAAUCAGAAACUUCAAGCCCUCCUCAAGAAGCACGGCAUAGAAUUCUAACUGCUGGUGAACUACUGUCUGAUGUCCUUUCUAUCUAACUCUAACAUUUCAUCAUGUACUUUUUGUUUUAGACCUCAUUUCAGUAUUCAUACCACUUUUACCGUUACUGCACUAUAUUACAUCAGUAGAUCCACAUGCAGGACUUCCGUCACUAUAGUGUUGUUGUAAUAAUUGUCAGAUAUUCAGAUGCUGCUGGAUAUCACUCUAACCUGUUUGUAAAUAUUUGAAACAUUCCUCACACUGAUGAUUUGUACAUAAAACUACAUUUUCAUCUGCUCUGUAACAUUUCAAAGUUCUUUAUGUUGUGUAAAAAAUGAUUGAAAUAAAUGAAAUGGUUUCAUUUAUUAAAAAAAA